UGACCACAGCUAAUAACCAAUAACCUUGCCUGAUUCGAUCAUUAACCCUGUUAGUAAAUGCAGCAGCUCAAUUCAGCAAGGGGUUUGCUACUAGAAUGUGAUUUGUGCCAGACACAGUUGGCAAACUUAAGGCUUUUAUUUUAACCAGUGCUGGGGAAAUCUGGUAUUCUGUCUGCUUCAGUUCAAGCUCCACAGAAGGAAAAAUCAAAAUGAGACUUCAGCACCUCAUUCACAUCAUUCUUGUUAUCUGUACAAGUCUUCUGCUGAUCAGUGGACAGAAAGCAGGUAGAAGAUGGAGGAGGAAAAUGCAAAGGCACAAGUGUUUGCAAAGAAGAUGCAUGCCUCUGCAUUCAAGAGUUCCCUUCCCUUAAGAUCUAGCUCUUGUGAAACACAAAAAAAACAGCUGGAGGAACUAGAUGUCUGCGAUAGCAACAUUUUCUCAAAUUUUUGGGUGGAAAAAAGAGCAAAGGACUGUUAUUUCAACGGACUCCGAUUGUAAAGAUCCUGCGUACUGAAUUGGUGAGCAAGUGAUUACUGGAGACUUGGACAUAUUCUACAUUUCUACAUUCUCAGAAUCAUAGAAGGCAACUUCAAGAGACCUUUGGCAGGAGCUGUUAAAAACAAUUCUUUCUGGAUAAACCCUUCUUCUGCUUAGGGCAAAAGAGCAACCAAUAUGGCUAAAGUUCAACUGUCACUAUAAUUUAAAUCAAUCAAGUGCAUAAUUGAGUAUUUUAACCUCAAAAGGGAUAUAGUAUAGCAAUCUGCAUUUCACUUAAAAGGAAACUUCAUCACAGUAAUGUAAAAUAAAACUUAUUUUAUCAACUACAUUUCACACUAGUAUUGAAAGUAUCUGUAUGUUUUAAAACAAUGUCAUGGGAAGAGGGUGAGUUAUCAAGACUAAUAAUUACAGCUUAAUGUUUGUAAAACAAUAAGACCAUCGUCUCUGAAAAUCAUCUAAACUUGCUUAUAAGAAGGAAAUACCCAGACAUACAGUAGCCUGCUACGGGGCAUUGGGUACAUAUGGUAAUUGGAAAGGAUUUGCAUUUUUAUAAAUGUCUUCAACAACGCUAUCAGUUGUAAAAUGCUUGGGCAUCCUGAGGCUGUGAAAGGCAAUACAUCAAUGCAAGACUGUCAGUCUGAAGUUCAGAAUCAUAAAAGAAAGACUCGUGGGACUGUGCCAAUGGAAUAAAGAAAUUUUAAAGAAUUUUUAAAGACAAUGUCUAUGGCUACAAAGAAGUUUAUACUGUUAAAUUGGAGUAGGCUGUAUUAAGACAUAUAUACUGUAACUUGAUAUCUCAGUCCUUUUCUCAUCUACUCAAGAGGUUGAAAUUUUAGCUACAACUUACUUGAUUUUGCCUCCAUCUAACUCCCCUUCAUCACUUACUAUCUAGGUUUCUCAUUCUUUAGCCAACCAUUCAAUGCAACGUUAACUGGCAUUUUUUUUUCAGAUCACACACCCUCUGUCCUCAAAGGUCCACUCCCCAAGCUGUUAAAAGAUUGAACUGCAUGGGCAGAAAUUCAUCAGAUUGAUCGCUACAAAGUCUUUGAAAUGGAAAUGAAAUAUCUUGCUUCAUUCCUUGUUCUAAAGUUUCCUUUUGUUGAAGUGUAUUUUACUACCAACACAUUUCCCAUACAAAUAGUGAAUGCACAUCUUAAACACACAGUCAUUAAUCUGUUGAAAACAGGGCUAAUACCAUCCAUGUAAAGGGGAUACAGUAUAAGAACUAUUUUAAAUGGAAUUCCUUACUGCUUUUGUCUUCCUCUCUUGGGCUUUAGCUACUUCUCUUUUAUUUUAAAAGAAGACAGUCACCUUCUUGAGGGAAAAUCUUUUAUGAAAAUGAGAAAUUUCCAAUGAUGAAAA